AUGCCUGUCUUUGAAAAUUUACUGCCUGCCAAUGGCCAGUGGAAGCAAGAAGUCACAAACUGGCUGCAGGAAGAUGUGCCGUCGUUUGAUUACGGUGGAUAUGUUGUGGGAUCUGAGCGUAAAUCUGCUACCUUGCUGUGCAAACAAGACGGUGUUUUAAGCGGCGUUCCAUUUGCUCAAGAAGUAUUCAACCAAUGCCAAUUGGAAGUGGAAUGGUUCUACAAGGAAGGCGAGGAAUUGAAGCCCUCCGAGAGUGCCACGGGCAAGCUAGCUGUCGCCAAAGUUACCGGGAAGGCCAAGGAUAUUUUGCUAGCUGAGAGAACCGCUCUCAACCUGUUAAGCAGAAGCUCAGGAAUCGCUACCACGGCUAGACAGACACUAGAAUUGGCCCGUAAGGUGGGUUACGAAGGGAUUAUUGCCGGGACGAGAAAGACCACACCCGGCUUGCGUCGCUUGGAGAAAUACUCGAUGCUAGUUGGUGGAUGCGACUCUCAUCGGUAUGACCUAUCCUCCAUGGUGAUGUUGAAAGACAACCAUAUUUGGUCUCUGGGUUCGAUCACAGAGGCGGUGAAGAGCGCUAGGGACGCUUGCGGGUUCGCCGUAAAGAUCGAAGUUGAGUGUCAGAGCGAGCAGGAGGCAGAUGAGGCCAUCGCAGCGGGGGCGGAUGUCAUUAUGCUUGACAAUUUCACGAACGACUCGCUGAAAACCUGCGCUAGAAGCCUCAAGGAGAAAUGGCAAGGCAAGAAGCAUUUUCUGCUAGAGUGUAGCGGAGGGCUCAGAUUAGACAAUUUGGAAGGAUACCUUUGCUCGGAUAUCGAUAUCUACAGCACAAGCAGCAUCCAUCAGGGCUGCAAGGUCGUCGAUUUCUCCUUGAAGAUCGACCAUUGA